GAAAGCGAUCUUAUCCUUAUGCUUGUGCACUUGACAGGCUGCUUUCCUCGUGUGACUUUUAUAACUGACGACUUUUAUUGCUGCAGAUGAACAUGCUCCGAUUGCGAAGCACGAUAGUCCACAGCUGGAGGGGAUUAACAACAACUCGCCACUGCUGUGUGGAGGUAAAAAAUGAGCCUGUGCUGGACUUUAAUCCUGGAAGCUCAGAGAGGAAGGCACUAGAAAAGGCCCUGCAAGAGCUCAAAGGGAAAACAGAGGAGGUUCCUUGUGUGAUAGGAGAUGAACACAUCUGGACCAAGGAUGUUCGAUAUCAGGUGUCGCCUUUUAACCAUUCUCACAAAGUGGCCAAGUUCUGCUAUGCUGAUAAGGUGCUACUGAACAAAGCCAUCAAUGCCUCCCUUGCUGCACGGAAGGAGUGGGAUCUCCGACCUGUCCAGGACAGAGCACAAAUUCUGUUCAAAGCUGCUGACCUGAUCAGUGGGCCUUACAGAGCAGAGCUGCUGGCAAAAACAAUGAUUGGCCAGGGGAAAACAGUGGUCCAGGCUGAGAUAGACGCUGCAGCUGAACUGAUUGACUUCUUUCGCUUCAAUGCCAAGCAUGCCAUUGACUUGGAGCAUCAACAGCCAUUAAGUGUGGGUAGCAGCACAAACACUGCUGUGUACCGGGGUCUGGAGGGAUUUAUUGCUGCCAUUUCACCUUUCAACUUCACAGCUAUUGGUGGGAACCUGGCUGGUGCACCAGCUCUGAUGGGUAAUGUUGUCCUCUGGAAACCCAGCGAUACUGCUAUGUCAGCGAGCUAUGCCGUCUACAGGAUUCUCAGAGAGGCAGGACUCCCCCCAAAUAUCAUUCAGUUUGUUCCGGCAGAUGGACCUGUGUUUGGUGACACUGUGACAGCAUCCGAACACCUGGCAGGCAUCAGCUUCACUGGUAGUGUCCCGACCUUUCAACGUCUCUGGAAACAGGUGGCAGAAAAUCUGGCCCAGUAUCGGAACUUCCCACGCAUUGCUGGAGAGUGCGGAGGAAAGAACUUCCACUUUGUUCAUAAAUCAGCAGAUGUUUCCAGCGUGGUAUUGGGAACAAUCCGCUCCGCAUUUGAGUAUGGUGGCCAAAAGUGUUCUGCCUGCUCUCGGAUGUAUGUACCUGACAGCCUGUGGCCAGCAGUCAAGGAGCAGCUCCUGAAGAUCCACAAGCAGCUGAAAUUGGGCAAUCCCGUUGAGGAUUUUGGGACAUUCUUUUCAGCCGUUAUUGAUGAUAAGGCAUUUGCUCGCAUCAAGAAGUGGUUAGCUCAUGCACAGUCUUCCCCGAACCUAACUGUCCUUGCUGGAGGUCACUGUGAUGACAAGCAUGGCUACUUUGUGGAGCCUACCAUUAUUGAAACAAAGGACCCACAGGAUCCCAUCAUGAAGGAGGAGAUAUUUGGCCCGGUUCUGACAAUUUAUGUUUAUCCUGAUGACCGUUAUAAAGAUGUCCUACAGCUUGUUGACAGCACCUCUCCGUAUGGCCUAACUGGGUCAGUGUUUGCACAGGACAAAAACAUCAUAGCUGAAGCGACAAAGAUACUGAGGAAUGCAGCAGGCAACUUUUACAUAAAUGACAAGUCAACGGGAUCCAUAGUGGCACAGCAGCCAUUUGGUGGCUCUCGUGCCUCAGGUACCAACGACAAGCCUGGUGGACCACACUAUAUUUUGCGCUGGACCUCUCCACAAGUGAUUAAGCAGACACACGCUCCACUGACUGAAUGGAAAUAUUCUUACAUGUCAUGAGCAGGGAUGACGAAAUAAAAAAAAAAAAGCUCAUGAAACUUGAUUCUGCCUACUUAACUACUGACCUGGAGGACUGCACAAAGGACAAACGGCUACUUCAUGACUACA